AUGGUGCUGAUCGCGGACGACAGGGACGGAGGAGUCGCAGCGUCGCUCCGGGUCAAGCACAAAGCCGGCGCGGGCGUCCCUCAGGUGCAGCCGGCCAUAGUUGAGGAGGAAGACCGCCUUGGCUCGUGCGAGGACGAGGAUUUCCAAGAAGUGGACUUCGAGGACUUGGACGACACGAGGAGCAUCGCGUCGGACGACUCCUUCUACCCGCCCGGUGAUGCGUUCGCGGACUACGAGGGCUCUCGGUCCCCUCAGAGCCCGGACCCCGUGUCUUUCUUCGGGGCGUGCUGCGCCAACAACGCCGCUGCAGUCCGGGUCAUGUUCCGGCGUGGGCUCACGGAGGACGAGGUCCAGCAGACGGACCGGAACAACAGGACAGGGCUGCUGGUUGCUUGUUACCAAGGUUAUGUUGACGUUGUCAUAGCGCUGUCUCAAUGUCCGUAUCUGGAUGCUAACUGGCAGGACAGUGAGGGGAACACGGCCCUCAUCACUGCAGCGCAGGCAGGUCACAUUACAAUCACCAACUACCUGCUCAACUACUACUUAGGCUUGGACAUCGAAAGGAGAAACUGUCACGGCUUCACUGCUCUCAUGAAAGCUGCCAUGCAGGGCCGUGUUGAAUGUGUGCGGUCGCUCAUGAUGGCGGGAGCGACUCUAAAUGCACGAGAUUGUGGCCGCCAAAUGACCGCCAGGGAGUGGGCCUUGUUCACUGGCCGCUACGAAACUGCCUGGGUGAUGGCCCGACUGAUGGAACGCUCCACGCCGAAACAAAUCUGUGAUGCAUACAGUCUAGAAUGGCCCCCGCUGGCAUCCAUGGUGGCCAAAGCCCAGGAGCCACGAAGCUGUCUGAAGCGCUUGACUGACACAGUGCGCGACAUCUUCAACAUUGCCAACGUCACCAACCCCGAGGACGCCGGCGUCAUCGACCACCUGGUGUCUGUGACGACAGCCAUCAGGAGCCCUUUCAUCGCCCUGACCUGUCAUACAGUGUGCCCUAACAGCCCCCCAAGUGUGGGCAAACGCCGCUAUGCAGUUCCUGAGAUCCUCCGCCAUCAGCGCGCCAAAGAGCUCAGCGCCAUAAAUCCGGACAGGGUGGACACCCACCUCAAGCUAUUUCAGAACUCACGGGUCACUCUGGUGCCCAAGCCCUCAGCCGACCGGCGCGCCAGCCUUCAAUCGCACAGAACGAUGCCUCGAGUCAGGAGCUCCAGCCUAGGAAUGUUGUCUUAUAACGAAACGGAGCUACGAAGGACCAGCCUGCUGCCUCUGCACAUGUUGCUCAGGAGGAGCAGCGUCAGGCCGGGAUUCAGCAUCCCCAAGGUGAGGGUGUCCAAGGCCCCCACACCCACUUAUGAGCCUGAAAAGAUCCACAGGAAGAGCAGCACCAAAGAUGGAGGCAGGCACCUGCUGCAGAUCCCUAAGUGGAGAUAUAAGGAGCUCAAAGAGGAGAGGAGGAAAGCCGAGGAGGCUGAAAGGAGGAGGCUGGAGGCAUUAACCGAGAGACACCUCACUGUCGGGAUGAGGAAGUAGUCUUUUUUUUUUUUAGCACACUAAACCAAAAAAAAAAAAAAAAAAAAAAAAAAAAGGUUGGACAUUAUUUGACUCAGGGUGACUAGACUUACCAGCAGUAUUCCUAUAACUCAAGACAAUGUUGAUUUUGUAUGAUUAUAUGAACUUGGAGUAGAUGGAAAGAGACAUUAAUAAGAUUGCCGCCAGCUUUAGAAGUGCUCAGUAUCCUUUGCCAUGUCCCAUAUGGAUUAUCCAGGGGUUUUGAUACUUGAAAGUGUUUUUAGCUUUAACUUAUUAUUUCAUAUUUAUUGUUCUUAAAAGCGGCAGCACGGUGGGCGACUGGUUAGCACAUCUGCCUCACAGCUCGGAGGACCGGGGUUCAAAUCCCGGCCCUUUUGUGUGGAGUUUGCAUGUUCUCCCCGUGCCUGCGUGGGUUUUCUCCGGGCACUCCGGUUUCCUCCCACAUCCCAAAAACAUGCGUCGUACGUUGAUUGAAGACUAAAUUGCCCGUAGGUGUGAAUGUGAGUGCGAAUGGUUGUUUGCUUAUAUGUGAUUGGCUGGCGACUAAUUCAGGGUGUACCCUGCCUCUCACCCUAAGAUAGCUGGUGUAGCCUCCGGCACGCCCGCGACCCGCGUGAGGAUAAACGGUCCGGAAAAUGAAUGAAUGAAUGUUCCUAAAAGCAGCCCUAGUGACCACACCUCUCACACCUUAUCGGAAAGGGGGGAGAACACACUAAUAUGGUGUUUUGAAGCACAACAAAAACAGUCAAUCAUCUAGAAAUCGAAUCACAUUACAUUUUCACUAGAAUUUUCUCCAGCAAGACUACCUACAAGUGUCAAAUAUCGCUGCAACAAAUUGCACAAAGACGCUGUGAUGAAAAUACUAUAUUUUGUAAUAAAAAGUAAUUUUUCUAUCA